GUGGAGGCUGGGCGGUUCCGACUGCCUGACGCCAGCGCGACCAGAUCAAUCCAGGCUCGGGGAGCGAGCGGGCGCACCAAGGCGAGGCCAGGGCCGAGGCGCGGGGACGGCGGCCGAGAGCUAAGCGAAGUGCUGGGACGGUGACCGGGAGCGGAUUGGAGCGCGGGACCCGGCCCCGGGUCUCGUGCGUCCCCGCCGAUGGGCGCGCCGCCGAGCCGGUGCUAACUGGGUCCUCCCUGAAGCAGAAGGAACAGUAUUUCCUACCUUUCCGAACCGAAGACCAAGAAGCUAGAGAAUCUAUGUAAAUAAACUGAAAUCUCUGUUGGCUUUGCACCCCCAGUUCGGAGCCGUCACUUUCCCCGGUCUGAGGAGCGUGUAGACCUCGGCCAGCCGCUAUGAAUGUGACCAGCUUGUUUUCAUUCACAAGCCCAGCCGUGAAGAGACUCCUUGGGUGGAAACAGGGCGACGAAGAAGAGAAAUGGGCGGAGAAGGCUGUGGACGCUUUGGUGAAGAAGCUGAAGAAGAAGAAAGGGGCCAUGGAAGAGCUGGAGAAGGCCCUGAGCUGCCCCGGGCAGCCGAGUAACUGCGUCACCAUUCCUCGCUCCCUGGAUGGCAGGUUGCAGGUGUCCCACCGGAAGGGACUGCCUCAUGUCAUUUAUUGCCGCGUGUGGCGCUGGCCCGACCUCCAGAGCCACCAUGAACUAAAGCCUCUGGAAUGCUGCGAGUUCCCAUUUGGUUCCAAGCAGAAGGAAGUCUGCAUCAAUCCCUACCACUAUAAGCGAGUGGAGAGCCCUGUUCUCCCACCGGUGCUGGUUCCGAGGCACAGCGAGUACAACCCUCAGCACAGCCUUCUGGCUCAGUUCCGAAACCUGGGACAAAAUGAGCCCCACAUGCCACUGAAUGCCACGUUCCCCGACUCCUUCCAGCAGCCACACAGCCACCCGUUUCCCCAGUCCCCCAACAGCAGCUACCCCAACUCUCCUGGCAGCAGCAGCAGCACCUACCCUCACUCCCCGACCAGCUCAGACCCGGGCAGCCCUUUUCAGAUGCCAGCCGACACACCCCCGCCUGCUUACCUGCCUCCUGAAGACCCCAUGGCCCAGGAUGGCUCUCAGCCUAUGGACACGAACAUGACGAACAUGACGGCACCGCCACUGCCCGCGGAGAUCAACAGAGGAGGUGAAGUCAGCUGCCGCUCUCCCUAUGUUCAAGCAGUUGCUUACGAGGAACCAAAACACUGGUGCUCUAUUGUGUACUAUGAGCUCAACAACCGUGUGGGCGAAGCGUUCCACGCCUCCUCCACCAGCGUGUUGGUGGAUGGUUUCACCGAUCCUUCCAACAAUAAGAACCGAUUCUGCCUUGGGCUGCUCUCCAAUGUUAACCGGAACUCCACUAUUGAAAAUACCAGGCGACACAUCGGGAAAGGAGUCCACCUUUAUUACGUCGGAGGAGAGGUGUAUGCGGAGUGCCUCAGUGACAGCAGCAUCUUCGUGCAGAGUCGGAACUGCAACUACCACCAUGGCUUUCAUCCCACCACGGUCUGCAAGAUCCCCAGCGGGUGCAGCUUGAAAAUCUUCAACAACCAAGAGUUCGCUCAGCUACUGGCGCAGUCUGUGAACCAUGGGUUCGAGACCGUGUAUGAACUCACCAAAAUGUGCACUAUUCGAAUGAGCUUCGUGAAGGGCUGGGGAGCGGAGUACCACCGGCAGGAUGUUACUAGCACCCCCUGCUGGAUUGAGAUACACCUGCAUGGCCCUCUCCAGUGGCUGGAUAAAGUCCUUACCCAGAUGGGCUCGCCCCACAACCCUAUUUCAUCGGUGUCUUAAAGGGCCCUCGGCUUCUGUCUCUUGCAAACUAUUGGGCCUUGCAUGUACUUGAAGGACGGAGAAGUCAGACAGGAUGGGGAGCUGUAAAGGAGCCGUGAUACUUGACCUCUGUGACCAACCGUUGGAUGGAGAAGCUGACAGGCCUUGGUAACAAGCUGUUGAUAUCAAGAACCCGCUUAGUUUACAUUGUGACAUUCUGUUGUAAAAUCAACUAAAAUGCUGACUUUUAGCAGGACUUUGUGAAUAGUUAGAAAAGAGAUGGCCAAGCCAGGGGCAAAUUAUCUAUGAGGAAAAAAGCAAAAAAAAAAGGCCCUGAGCAAUCCUUUUGUGUGGGUGUUGGCAGAAGGUUGGCGCCGAUCGUCUUUAUGGAGUGGGCUCUCAUCAGGCUCGGAGCCCACGCUGAUCAUCUUCUCAUGGGUUUUCUUAAUAUUUUAAAACUAUUUGUUUAGAAAUGAAUGGGUUUUUUGUUUGUUUUAAAGUAAAGGUUAAUUGUUAUGCCAUGCGUAGUAACCUUUCUGAAGCUGUAUGCUGACUGUAUUGCUGUCAGGAUGACGUCAGGCAUAUGCCCUUUGCUAAAUAUGUAUAUACAGAAUACUUGGAGGUUAUGAAUAGUCCAAAUGGCUAGUGGGUCUACACAGUAUCUGAGGGGCGGGGUCGGGGAGGAAAACGACAGCUGCAAAUGUAGACAUUGCCGUAAAGCCCAGCCUGUUGCCUUAAACGGACAAGCUGGUGUCGGAAUUUGCUGUGUUUCAGGUUUUUUAGAGUUUUAUCUGGCUUUUCUUCCUUUCUUUUCUGCUGUCUCAUCCGCUCCACAAUGCAGUUAAGCAGCUGGUUAAUUCCUCUAACUGAGAGCAAAUGAGUAAUUCCUUCUGUUCGCAAACGGACUGGCUCUGCGUCUCAGUUCCCGGAACAUGAAAAGCGUGGACUUAACGAGCAGUUCUUACGGCGUUUACAAUACAGACAUAGGCUUUGAUUUUUCAAAUAAAUUGUUUGCCAAACCUGGUAACUCUGUUCAUUAUUCGCAGGUUUGAAGAAGAUCUCUAUCAGAAUCCAUUUCAAAGUUUUUUUUUUUAAUUUUGUUUCGGUUUUUUUGUACUAUUUGGUUUUCUUCUGUUGAAGUUUUCUAUUCUCCUUUUCUCUUAUACAGCGAGUUCUUUUAUUCCAACACUAGCAGGGUUUUUCUCUACUGGAAAUUUUUAAAUAAAACCUGUCAUUAUUGCUUACUUUGA